GAGCUGCUGCAUCCAAAGAGACAGGGUUGACCAAAUUACUCAACUUUUUCUUCACCUUACCACCUGUCCAUUUACUCAAAAUGAAUGGCACUGAGGGCAACAACUUCUACAUCCCCAUGUCCAACAGGACUGGGCUUGUAAGGAGUCCUUUUCUAUACCAACAGUACUACUUGGCGCCUCCAUGGCAAUUCUAUCUGCUUGCUGUCUACAUGUUCUUCCUGAUCUGUUUUGGAUUCCCCAUCAACGGUCUGACCCUGUACAUCACAGCCACAAACAAGAAGCUCCAGCAACCUCUAAACUUCAUUCUGGUCAAUUUGGCUGCAGCUGGAAUGAUCAUGGUCCUCUUUGGAUUCACUAUCACCAUUACAUCUGCUGUCAAUGGUUACUUCAUCUGGGGACCAUUGGGCUGUGCCAUUGAGGGAUUCAUGGCUACACUUGGAGGUCAGGUGGCUCUGUGGUCUCUGGUGGUGCUGGCAAUUGAGAGAUACAUUGUGGUCUGCAAGCCCAUGGGCAGCUUCAAAUUCAGUGUUGCCCAUGCUGGUGCUGGUGUUGGAUUCACCUGGGUGAUGGCUGCCACCUGCGCUGUUCCCCCACUGGUUGGCUGGUCCAGAUACAUCCCUGAGGGCAUGCAGUGUUCAUGUGGACCUGACUACUAUACUCUGAGUCCAGGCUACAACAAUGACUCAUAUGUCAUAUACAUGUUUGUCUGCCACUUCAUGGUUCCAGUCUUCAUCAUUGCCUUCACUUAUGGAAGCCUUGUCCUCACAGUCAAGGCGGCGGCAGCUUCCCAGCAGGACUCAGCAUCCACCCAGAAAGCUGAGAAGGAAGUGACACGUAUGUGCCUCCUGAUGGUUAUGGGUUUUCUGAUUGCCUGGACCCCCUAUGCCUCUGUUGCUGCUUGGAUCUUCUUCAACAAAGGAGCUGCGUUCACUGCCCAGUUCAUGGCUGUCCCAGCCUUCUUCUCAAAGAGCUCAGCCAUCUUCAACCCAGUCAUCUAUGUUCUGAUGAACAAACAGUUCCGUAACUGCAUGCUGGCUGCUGUAGGCAUAGCAGCCCCUGAGGAUGAGACUUCUGUGUCAACAAGCAAGACAGAAGUGUCUUCUGUGGGCCCUGCAUAGAGACUUCCCUCACGCUGCACUUCCUGCCCUCUGAUUUCUACCCUUGUCAGAUGCUCUACAUGGACUGCUUUUGAAGACACACUUCUUUCACCAAAUGGACAUUAAACUGUACUGACCUGUAAUGAUUGGGCUCUGUUGUUCUCUCUACGCUCACAGACUGUGCCACUUAAUGUAGUUGAGAAUUGACUUGACAUACAUGUUAUACUCGUCCAAAAGAAACAGCUGAUUUGCCUCUUAUAGGUGGUAACAAAUGGAUGAGCCUCAGGCUUUCAGAACAGCUCUAAUGUUUGUCUUGAUGGAUCAUGAAAUUGUAUUUUUAUUUCAUGGCGAGGCCAGCAAUUAUUUUGUUGUCAUCAUUUCCUGUGUAUACAGUAUUUUAUAAAUAAAUCUAGUACUAGAUAAAUACAUGCAUGAAACUA